AUGCAUAAAAUUGUCCCGGGAAACGCUAUCAAACCACCUGUCGACACGUUGGUGUAUAAGAUGAUGCUCCGUUUCCUCAAUUUUGGUGUGCUGAACAAAGCAGCAAGCGAAGAGUUUGUAGCUUCUUUGUUUGAUUUUGUCGAAUUGGAUAUUUCAAUCAUGGAAGUUUCAAUAAUUCUCGGAUCUAUUCUGUUCACCGAUGCAGCUCUACGGAGUAUGGUAAUUGCCUCCUCUUUUCUGCCUGCUGCUAUCAACCACCUCGGGUCUUCAUCUGAAUUAUCUCCCCCAAAAGGAUCGCUUUCCGAAGAAGAUAUACUCAAAUCUUCAUCCAGAGUAUUUGAAAUUUUAGGUAUACCACCUACAGUAGAAUCAGUCAAAAUGUCAUCACGUGGUAAAUACGGCAAGUGGAGCACAGAAGAUUUGAGCAGUGCUAUUUCCGCUUUUCGUAAUGGUUCUUAUGGGCUGAAUGAAUGUGCAAGGUUGUUUAAAGUACCUAAAGCUACACUAAAAAGACAUCUCGAAAAGAAAAACAAACGUGUAAAUGAUGCAAUUAAAAAAAUGGGCAGGUUUAGUGUAUUUAAUGAAGAAGUUGAAGCAGAAUUGGCUAAGCAUAUUUUGAUUUUCGAAGAGCGAAUGUUCGAGAUGGGCAUACGAGACGUCCGCAAACUGGCAUUUGAAUUGGCAACAAGAAACAAUUUGAAACACAAUUUCAACACAGAUAAACGUAUGGCAGGUAAGAAGUGGUAUUAUGGCUUCAUGUCAAGACAUAAAGAAAUAUCGUUACGGCAGCCGGAGAAGACAUCAAUGGCAAGGGCUGCAGGAUUUAGCAAAGCACGAGUUGAUGAAUUCUAUGAGCUUUUAAAAACGAUCUGUGAAGAGGAUAAAUUUACCGCCACACGCAUAUUCAACGUCGAUGAGACAGGUUGCUCAACCGUACAACGGCAAUGUCAGAAAAUAUUAGCCAAGAAGGGAAAACAUCAAAUUGGGAGUAUUUCUAGUGGAGAGAGGGGGGUAAAUACUACUGUGGUUUGUUGUGCAAGUGCAGCAGGGCAGUUUGUACCACCCAUGAUAAUUUUUAAGAGGAAACGUUUUCAAGAGGAACUUUCAUUAGGUGCUCCGCCUGGCAGCAUUGUCACUAUUAGCGAUACUGGAUAUAUCAAUAGCGAUCUUUUUGUGACAUGGCUUAAUCAUUUCAUUGAAACAGUUAAGCCAAGCCCUGACGCUCCUGUUUUGCUAUUGUUGGACGGCCACAGCACCCACAGUAAAAACCUAAAAGCUCUACGGAUUACCAGGGAUAAUGGAAUUAGAUUAUUGCAGUUACCCAGUCACACCACACAUAGACUUCAACCGUUGGAUGUUGGAUUCUUCAGAGCCUUUCAAAAUGUUUAUAGACAAUGCAUUCAAAAAUGGUUGCGGAAUAACGUGGGUCGCACUGUAUCAAUGUUUCAGGUUUCCGUUAUAAUUGGAGAGGCUUAUGGGCUUGCUGCAACAGUGAGAAAUGCACAGAACGCUUUUCGUGCUAGUGGCAUUUGGCCUAUAGAUGAAAAUGUUUUUAAAGAAACUGAUUUUGCAGCUUCAAUGAUGUUUGACAAAGCAUCAAACUCUAACCAUGAAUCCCAACAGGAAGCCUCUUCUGAAGAAGAUAAUAUUCCAUUGGCGCAAGUCGUAUUACGAACGAAGAGAGCAGCAUCAACUUCCCUAAAUAUUUCAGUUCAGGAUAUUUCGCCAUUACCUAUAAAGAAAUCAAAAUCAUCAAAAGUUUGCCGCACCCAGGACGCAGUUGAAUUGACUAGUUCUCCGUACAAAAACGAACUUGAAGCAAGAGCUGAGGCAUCUAAAAUACGCCUCUUUGCGGUAACCUUGACAAUUACAAUAGUCUAG